GAGUCUACUAAUUCCAACAGAAAGCAAAAGCCGAAUAAGACACUAGACGUAGUCCAGUACAUUCCAAAGCCCAAGGAAAAAUGGGAUGAUAGAGAUUGCAAAAAGCACAACCUGGAUAACGUCGCCAAAGCAGCCAUCUUCAAGACACUUGACCCCAUCACCUUCUCCAAAAUUAAGCACCUCAAGACUGCCAUGGAGAUAUGGCAAGGUCUUGGGAAGCUAUGUGAGGGUUCAGAGGACUUGAGAAAGCAGAAGAUAGAAGUCCUGCUUGAGAAGUUCAAAAGCUUCAAAAUGCUUCCCGGAGAAUCAU